CGCAGUGGCGCGGGGAGGAGCAGGGACCUGGCUGCGGGCUAGGAGGCUGCGAGCGAGCCGCGAACCCGGCGGGCGGCGGGCGGCGGGCGCGCGCACCAUGGGGGAGAAACCCGGGACCAGGGUCUUCAAGAAGUCGAGCCCUAACUGCAAGCUCACUGUGUACUUGGGCAAGCGGGACUUUGUAGAUCACCUGGACAAAGUGGAUCCUGUAGAUGGUGUGGUGCUUGUGGACCCUGACUACUUGAAGGACCGCAAAGUGUUUGUGACCCUCACCUGCGCCUUCCGCUAUGGCCGUGAAGACCUGGAUGUGCUGGGCUUGUCCUUCCGCAAAGACCUGUUCAUCGCCACCUACCAGGCCUUCCCCCCAAUGCCCAACCCACCCCGGCCCCCCACCCGCCUGCAGGACCGGCUGCUGAGGAAGCUGGGCCAGCAUGCCCACCCCUUUUUUUUCACAAUACCCCAGAAUCUGCCCUGCUCUGUCACCCUGCAGCCAGGCCCAGAGGACACAGGGAAGGCCUGCGGGGUAGACUUUGAGAUUCGAGCCUUCUGUGCCAAAUCACUAGAAGAGAAAAGCCACAAAAGGAACUCUGUGCGUCUGGUGAUCCGAAAGGUGCAGUUUGCCCCAGAGAAACCCGGCCCCCAGCCUUCAGCUGAAACCACACGCCACUUCCUCAUGUCUGACCGGUCCCUGCACCUUGAGGCUUCCCUGGACAAGGAGCUGUACUACCACGGGGAGCCUCUUAAUGUCAAUGUCCACGUCACCAACAACUCCACCAAGACCAUCAAGAAGAUCAGAGUCUCUGUGAGACAGUAUGCCGACAUCUGCCUCUUCAGCACUGCCCAGUACAAGUGUCCUGUGGCUCAGAUCGAACAAGAUGACCAGGUAUCUCCCAGUUCCACGUUCUGCAAGGUGUACACGGUCACCCCACUGCUCAGUGACAACCGGGAGAAGCGUGGUCUUGCCCUGGAUGGGAAGCUGAAGCACGAGGACACCAACCUGGCUUCCAGCACCAUCGUGAAAGAGGGUGCCAACAAGGAGGUGCUGGGGAUCCUGGUGUCGUACAGGGUCAAGGUGAAGCUGGUGGUAUCUCGCGGCGGGGAUGUCUCUGUGGAGCUGCCUUUUGUUCUUAUGCACCCCAAGCCCCAUGACCACAUCGCCCCCCCCAGACCCCAGUCAGCUGCUCCUGAAACAGAUGCCCCUGUGGACACCAACCUCAUUGAAUUUGAUACCAACUAUGCCACAGAUGACGACAUUGUGUUUGAAGACUUUGCCCGGCUUCGGCUGAAGGGGAUGAAGGAUGAGGACUACGAUGACCAGUUCUGCUAGGAAGGGGGGCUGGAGGAAGGGAGUGGAUGGUGCUGGGAGAGGUAGGGGCAGGACCAAGAUCCCCACUUUCAUUUUGGGGUAGGUCCCAGCCUCUUUUCCCUUCCCCUCCAUCCAGCAGCUUCCUCAACCAACCCCUUCCCUCUUGCCUUCUCCUAUCCCCAUCAGAUACGCACUGGACCCAUCUCUUGUUGAACGUGGGCAUUAAUAUUUUUAUUACAGCCGUGCUUCCCCAACCCCCCAAUGGGUGGCAAGCUGUGUUCAUACCUAAAUUUUUUAGAGGGGGACACUGAAAAGUGGAUAGUAGGAAAAGGGGGGAGAAAAACUCCCACAUUCGGGCUGGCCGAGUGGCACAUUAGUUAAAAGUUGGCUUGGGACGCCAGCUCUGAGCAGCAGGGCCCAGGUUCGGA